AUGAUCACGUCGAAGGUGGCACCAUGGCGAUGGCGUCGAUCUGCAAUCACUCCAUCUCUUUCAAUUAGUACUAUUUGUGCUAUGCCCUACUCAACUUUUACCUCCUUGAAGGCUUCGACAAUAGAUAGCAAUCGUCGACUCUUUGAGUACACGUCUGGUCGAUGGAUAUACAACGAAAACAUCCGUCUCACUGAACGCUAUGGCGAGUUCAACGUCGAUGCGUUGAAAAGCGCCGCUGCUCAGUCGCUACGGAGACGCGAUACAGAUGUCAAAAGUGUGUCAAAGCUUGCCGAAGGAGGCUUCAACCGUGUCAUACAGAUCACCAUGGUCGAUGAUACUCAGAUUCUCGCCCGGUUGCCGUAUCCCUCAACUGAACCAAGACGAUUAGCAGUUGCCAGCGAGGUGGCGACUUUGGCUCUUCUCCGUGCUCAUGGUCUCCCUGUGCCCCGUGUGUAUGCCUACUCAACAGAUGCUAGAAAUCCCGUUGGUUCAGAGUAUAUUAUCAUGGAGAAACUAUCAGGACGACCACUUGGUGCUUGCUGGUUCGACUUGUCAGACCAGCAACGCCUCAAGGUACUUUUGCAACUUGUACAGCUAGAGACAAAAAUCCAUACUAUCGAGCUUCCAGCUAGCGGAAGCAUAUACUAUGCCAGAGACCUUCCUUCGGAUUCACCACGCAUUGCCAUCUCAGACUCGGAUUUCUGUAUCGGUCCCAGUGCAGCCCUCAAAUGGUGGUUUGCUGAGCGUUCCACGCUUCGUAUUGAUCGCGGUCCUUGUGUGGACGCAAUCGAUGUUCUCCGCAACCCUGCCUUGAAAGAACUGGCUUGGCUACGUGCAUAUGGCCGGCCGCGCUUUCCAUUUCAACGUGCGUAUCGCGAGUCUAUGGAAUACCAACUGUCCCUCCCAAGUGACCAUAUUCGUUCACUCGAAGAGUACCUUAAAAUUGCUCCUGGACUACUACCGCCGAAUGAAUUGUUGCGCCCUCUCCUUCGCCAUCCCGAUCUCCAGACAAACAACAUUUUUGUCUCGGAUGACUUCGACAUUGUCGGAUUGAUUGACUGGCAACAUGCAUCUGUGCUACCGCUCUUUCUCGCCGCUGGGAUUCCCAAAUUCUUUCAGAACUACGACGACCCUGAAUCGCUUGCCUUUCGACCACCUCCUCAUCCAGAUCUAAGCGGCAUGGACGACGAUGAAAAGGCCGACGCUCUCGAUGACUUUCGGCGUCGCCAUACCCACUUUUUCUAUUUGGCUUUCACGCAGCGUUUCAACGAACCUCAUUUCUGCGCCAUGGAUCAGCCUACUAACAUGCUUACCCGCCGCAUCUUUAGCCAUGCUGGCGAGCCUUGGGAGGGGAAUAAUGUCCCUCUCCAGGCGGACCUUGUGCUCCUUACCAAACUCUGGCACGAAUACUCGGCUGGCUCGUGUCCGAUAUCAUUCCCUUCGGCCAAGGAGGCUGAUUCCAUCAUGCACCUACAAAACAUGCAGGAAGAGGUUGAUCUUAACCUCAAACAUAUCCGCAAUGUGAUUGGCAUCGGUAUGGACGGUUGGACCUCCUCAGACGGAUAUGAAGCUGCCUGUUCCCGUGCUCGUCAGAUGAAAGUUGAUGGUCUUGGUUCUCUCGACACCGAGUAUGAACGCGAAAUGACAAGUCUUCACUGGCCGUUUGAUGAUCACAACGAGGACGAGUAG